AUUUUCACAGAAUACAUAGGAAUUAUGGAAAUAGUUCGAGCUUUAGGAUGCUUUCUUCCAAAGCCUCUGGAAUGGAAGGAAAAUACAGUAAGAGGUGGACUAGAAGACCAAUUACUACAAAAACAGAAGGCAACAAGACUACCCAAAGCAUUAAACCAAGCCAAAUUAAUGAGGAAUCUUUUUACUCAAAGAUUUCAACAAGCACAACAAUAAAUGUAAAUAAAACAGAAAUAAAGGAAAUUCAAGGAACCCAAUACUUUGAUAUUCGAAAAAAGAUUGCUGAGGACAAAGAAUUUGCCAAUCUCAUUACUCUUAUUGUUUUUGACAUCGAGACCACGGGCUUUAGCAGAGAGCUUGAUAUGAUCAUUGAGAUUGCACUUCUAGAUCUCCAGGGGGGUAAAAACAGCAUGUUUCAGACGUUAGUGAAUCCUGAUCGUUAUGUUCCAAAUGCACAUGUUCAUGGCAUUUCAACCCAUAUGGUUUGCAGACCUGAUGUUCCAAGGAUGGAGGAGCUGAUACCGAUAUUCAAACAGUAUGUUAAAAGCCGUGAGAAACCUGGGGGAUUUGUGGUGUUUGUUGCUCACAAAGCACGUUCAUUUGAUGUACCAUUUCUGGUUAAGGAAUUCAGUCGUUGCUCUGAAGAAAUUCCCCCGAAUUGGCGGUUUUUGGAUACACUUCUUUUGGCACGUGAAAAGGAGAAGUCUGGUGGAUCAAAGCUUACUUCAGGACUAUCGUUGCAAGCUCUACGCAAACUCUAUGGUAUACCAUUGGCUGGUUCGGCUCACAGAGCCAUGUCGGAUGUGAAGGUCCUUUCAUUGAUUCUUCAAAGAUUGACUUUCGACCUGAAGCUAUCAACCUCUGACCUAGUUCAAAAAACUUUCGCAGUCUCGGAUUUGAACUCCAGUAAGAAGAAGAAGAGUUCAAGGUAGCUCUAAGUCCUGCUGUGUUCAUGUACUAACCAUGUUGUUGUAAUUUUUAAAUCAUUCUUAUUGAUAAAAUGCCAUCUUAUUAUUUAUUCUCAUGAUAUAUAUUUACAUAUAGUAAUGGAAACUUUGCAAGAA